AUGACAUUCUGAAAUUGAUCAAACAAGAAAUCUAACUAUGACACAAGACUUUUCAGUGAACAGUAUUGUAAACUGUAUUUAGAAAUGGUUCUUCCUGCCUGCACUAAUGCCUCUCUGCUAGCUCUCUCAUUUAGUCAUUCUCUCUCCACCUGCCCUGCGCCACAAGCCUCCAUUUGUCCAGUGAGGUCAGCCCACUGUUCCCCUUAAUCCCACGGGGUGCUCAUCUUGCAGCCGCCUAAUCCGCCCAUGGCUGCCGGCCCUGAACACACACGCACACCUGCAAGUUUGCACACAUGCUCACGGUUAUUUUUGAACUGUAUAUUCAAAAAGUCCAUCAUACCCAUUGCAUGCAUGUACACAUAGUCAUCCAUGCAGCACACACACACACACACACACACAGUGUUUCCCUCUUACUAUAAAACUCCCGUCCAUGCACUAAAGCCACACUCCUGCCUGUGUGUCAGCUGAUACCACACCUUCAUACAGCCAUGUCUGAUAUAGAAGAGGAAUACGAGGAGCAGGCAGAGGAGGAGGCAGAGGAGGACGAGGAGCAGCAGUACGAAGAGGAAGAGGAGGAGGAAACUGAGCAGCCAGAGGAGGACGAGCAUGUGGAAGAAGAUGAAACAGAGGAGGAACGUCCCAAACCCAAACCACUGGCCCCUCAACUUGCCCCCCCAAAGAUUCCAGAAGGGGACAGAGUGGAUUUUGAUGACAUCCACAGAAAGCGAAUGGAGAAAGACUUGCUGGAGCUGCACACACUGAUUGACGUCCACUUUGAACAGAGGAAGAAGGAUGAGGAAGAGCUUAUCGGCCUCAAGGAUCGAAUUGAGCGGCGUCGGUCAGAGCGUGCAGAGAUCCAAAGAGUCCGAGCGGAGAAGGAGAAGGACCGACAGAACCGGAUUGCGGAGGAACGUCAGAGGAAAGAGGAAGAGGAGGCCAAGAGAAAGGCUGAUGAUGAUGCCAAGAAGAAGAAAGUGCUAUCUGGCAUGGGGGCAAACUUUGGAGGCUUCCUAGCCAAGGCUGAAUUGAGGAAGGGCAAGCGUCUGACUGGCAGAGAGAUUAAGAAGAAGACUCUGGCCGAGAGGCGUCAGCCGCUGGCUAUCGACAAUUUGAGAGAGGACUCGCUCAGGCAACAAGCCCAGGAGAUGUGGAACUGGAUUUACCAGCUGGAGUCUGAGAAAUUUGACUACAUGGAGCACAUGAAGCACCAGAAAUACGAGAUCAUCGUGCUGCUGAACAGAAUCCAACAUGCUCAGAAAUUUAAAAAAGGGCAAGGCAAAGGAAAAGUGGGCGGCCGCUGGAAGUAAAAGGACUAAUAAAAGAAAUCUAAAAUGUAAAAGUACACAAGAAGUCCUCUCCUGUGUGUGAGACUGUUUGUUGAUAAUGUAUUAUAAUAAAA